CUCGCUUUCAGAUAGAAUGUAAUGCGCCCAUCUGGCAACAUGGUUCGACAAACCUGUCUAAUUGUAAUCUUUUUGUUUUCUCUGGAACUUACUCAAGCAGCGCGCGUUCUAAAGCCGUUAAGUUUUGGUAUUAUUGGAGAGAAUUCGGAAGAAAAUUUUCCUGAGGUCGAAAAAUUUGAAUUAAAUAAUGCCAGACAGUUUACUGAAAAUUCUCAUGCUCACAUUUUUAGUAUAUCUUCGUCAGUAAAUACCGCUACUGAAACUGUAAGCAAUGAAAAGACUACUGCAAAAAUCAAAGAAGUUGCAACAGCCAUAAAUGGCAACGGUACGAAUGUAACUACUAUAAAUAAUGAGAUGCCAGUUGAAACUGCAAAACUUACCACCGAAAAAAAUUUCCAUCAAGAUUUCAAAACAGUAAAACCAGAAGUUUUACAAAAACCAAACGAUAACGAAAAAUUUAACAAAGAUGGAAUUUCGACAGUUAAAAUUGACGAAAGCUCUUUUACUGAAGUUGCAAACGAUAAUUCUGUGCCAAAACUGACAACUAUAACUGAAGUCAAGAACGUAAAUGAUUCUACAGUUACAUCUGUGAUAAAUAGAGCAACAAAACCAACAAAAAUUACGAGAAAAGUUGAUUUUGCCAGUGAAAGUGUUAGAAAAAAUGUGAUUCGAGCCCUGCCAUCGAAAAAUGCAAUUCCAGAGAAAAAUUCUUCAAAAAUUGAAAGCAUUGAAGACCAAUGGUUGGAUUUGGAAAAGACCUUCAGAAUUUAUACAGAUUCGGUGAUGAAAAAAGCAUUGCCGAAGUUUUUAAGAAUUCAUAGUCAACUGAACAUCUCUUCGCAGUGCAAUGCAGCUUUACUCCAAAUGGUAUCGGGUUUAAGGAAUUUCAAAAGCUGGGCUGUCAAAAUGGUUGACUCUAGUGGCCGGUUACCUUCCGGCACAUUCGAAGGAACUCUUACAGAUCUUGGAGAUUAUGACCAAUGCUUGGAUAUUGUCCAACCCACAAGAGGCAAGCAUAUGAAUAUUCAAGGACAAUACUGUACUUUAGAAGUGGCGCCAGUGCUUCCGAGCGUGCGCAGUAGCGCUACCAUGAAUACAAAACUACUGAAUUUCGGAAACAUAUCUACAGAUUCGGUGCUGACUGACAUAUCCCACGGAUCAGCACUCUUUCAUCUGAUGAUGAUGCGCAUCGGUAUAUGCGUUCCGUCGCCAUGCGUUGCGGAUGAUUUACAAGCUCUGGCAGCUGCACUACUCAAGAAAGUUCCUGUUCAAGUCUCCGUGAGAAAUUGCGAAACGAAGCAACCAUUUCAUUUGACAAUACCUCAAUUUAUUGUAAUAUCGAUUGCAGUAGUGAUUGCGAUUCUGAUCUGCGCUGGCACCGCCGUGGAUUCUUAUAUGUCAAGAAAUGCAGCAAGAAACCAAGACAUGGGGCGGGUUCCUCAGAGUUUGCUGGCCUUUUCUUUGACCACGAACCUGAAGCAACUGAUGAAGUCCUCAAGGAGGAAUUCUACCCUGGGUGCGGUGAAUGGAGUGAGAUGCCUGAGUCUGCUCUGGAUCAUUUUGGCCCAUACUUACGGAUUUGGCCAUCGACAAGGACUUGCUCGAUUGAGUCAUGCUAAAACAUAUAUGGAUGAUAUCUUCUUCCAAAUCAUUACAAACUCGUGGGUUUCCGUCGAUACUUUCUUCUUGCUUGGAGGAUUGCUGGUGGCGACCUCUACCCUCAAAAUCAUAGAAAGUACUGGAGGAAAAAUCAGUUUCAUCUCUCGUCUUCUUCAUAGAAUUUGGAGAUUGAUUCCUCCUCUUGCAGCCACUGUAGGAUUUACGCUCGUCUUGCCACUCAUCGGUUCAGGACCCUUGUGGGCCGACAUGGCUGGGAAGAAGGUUCAUAAUUGUGAGCAGAGGUGGUGGCAAGUGUUUCUCCCUAUUAACACCUGGGUCGAUUUCAAUACAAUGUGUCUCCUUCAUACCUGGUAUGUUGCUUCAGAUGUGCACUUUUACUGUUUGGCAUUGUUGGCUUUGUGUGUGCUUUAUAGAUGGCAAGUUGCUGGGUUUGUCUUGCUAUUCUUAGUGACUGCUAUAUGUGGUUUGGUCACCGGUUUGUUGACUGUCAUCUAUAACUUACCCCCAACUGUGAUAUUUUUCUCGCCAGAUAUAGAAUUGACAAAGAAAACUGCAAAUCUAGUUUACUUUAGACCCUAUCCCCACAUUGGAGCUUAUUGUGUUGGCUUGCUUUUGGGAUACUUGUUAUGGAAACACCAUAAAUGGACACUUACAAAGAUGACACAGACAGUUGGCUGGGCCAUGUCUGCUACGAGCUGUUUAGCUGUGCUAUUUGCUACCUACUCCUGGAGCAGAGGCAACGCCGCCGAUCCUGUAGAAGGCGUUGUGUAUGCCGUUUUGCAUAGAACAGCAUGGGCCGCUGGGGUAGCCUGGGUGCUUUUCAUAUGCGCCAUUGGCCAAGGAGGAAAUUUAAAUAAAUUCCUCUCAUGGCAACUUUUCACACCUCUGAGCCGUCUCUGUUACUUUAUCUACCUCCUCCAUUUUCCCAUCCUGUGGAUUCGCAUCAGCUGGCGAAGGACAUUACUCCCUUUCCAUCAUUACGACCUUAUUACGGAAUUUUCAGGUAUUUUGAUUAUCACUUUGGUUUUGUCGCUGGUGUUUCACCUUGCAUUUGAAGCCCCUUUUCUGAAACUGGAGCAAAUAUGGUGUCCAGAAAGGGCGAAACCAAACGAAGUGAAGAAGCCAUUAGAAGAUGCGCAUGCCACAUGAUUUGCUUGCCAAAAGUUCAAUUCUGGAAUCUUAUAGAUUUUCCACGUGUAUAUAUUUGUAUAUAUGGUUCAUAAUCUGGAAAUUCGUUAGAUCUACAUAUUGAUGUCUGUAAAUGUCCUAGAGAAGCUCAUAAUUUUUAUUUUUUUAAAAAUAUUUUUCUGAAAUUAAAUUUUUGAAUUACUGAGAUCAAAAUAUUAUGACAAGCUGAUCAUAUGACUUAUAUCAUUAUGACUCAUAUGAUCAUAUGACUUAGUAUGAUCACUUAUACAUUACACAUAUAUAAAUAUUUGUAGUCACACAUGUCACAGAUUUGAUAAAAUGAAAUGCAGGAAUUUGCUACAUCAUUAUGACUCAUAUGAUCAUAUGACUUAGUAUGAUCACUUAUACUUAUACAUUACACAUAUAUAAAUAAAUAUUUGUAGUCACACAUGUCACAGAUUUGAUGAAAUAAAAUGCAGCAAUUUGCUACAGCCAAUCUAAUCUACAAAAAGUCGACUUCAGAAUGAGAUAAAAUCGAUAAACUUAAUUAUUUUACUAUUUUUCGCCAAAUAUGGUAAUUUUGAUAGACAUUUAAAAAAUUUAUAAAAUGGUGAAUUUUUGGAGAUUUUUUUGGACUGUUGGUGCAAUUUUAACAUACUUGGCGACACACCGCACUAUGUUCUUAACUCUUACUUUCAAAAACCUUUGAUUUACAACUAAUGUACUUAUAUAUCUCCAUGGCGAGUUUUCUGCCUUGUUUAUCAACAACGCCGUAAAAUAAAUCUACUAUUUAAACAAUCGCCAAAUUCAUUUGGCGUCUAUUUUGAACGCCAAGCUCAAACUAGUUUUCUUUCUACAACAUGAAAUUUGUUCAGUGUUUUCUUUUGAUUGCAAAUCCUUUUUCAUUCGUUAGUCUCUUUUCCCGAAUAAUUAAUAAUAAUAAAUUAGCGGGAAUGGUAUCCUUGAAACUUUCUCGCAUAGUUUUCAAUAAAAAUCUUAUCCCUCUUUCUUUGCAUAAAAUUGGAGUGCUAGGGUAAGGUUACGAACAUCUUACAUGGCUUUAGUGAACUAUAGUUAAGAAAUAUAGAUCUUUGAAGUGAAUCUAGCAUUUUUACUGAAUCUAUAGCGAGAAUAUAUAUCUUGGGCACAUUUUUUCCUGUCAACUGACACGAACAUUUGGCAGUACACUGCAGUUGUACUCACAAGAUAACAUAUCAAAUUUCAUUGAUUCAUUUGAUUGAUUUCGUUUAUGAAUUAUUGCAUAUGCACGCACGCUACAGACCGACAGAUGGUCAAUUGUUUGACGGAUUUGGUCCAAAAUGUGAUAAGUAUCUAUAUUUAUCACUUUUGUAUAUUAUCUUUGAAUAGAGUUUUAAAUACUUAACUCUUUGCGUUUUGUAAUUAUAAAGUUCAGUUGUAUUUCAAUAAUCGGGCCAACAAACUUUUCGUAAUUCCAAAUACCAAAUUUCAUCUGUCUAGUUCAAAUAUUUUUCUAGUUAUGACGUUUCCAAGCAGAACAGACUUACUGACGUACAGAUAGACAUACAGACAGAAUAAUGCCAUAAACGUGUUUUUCGAACGCAAUGAAGUCCGAAGCGUGGAGACUAAUGAAAAUCUCUAGUUCGAAAUUUAACAACUGCAAUACUUCCUCUAUUCUUCGUCUACGAGAAAGUAAUGAAAUAGUAAUUUCCAAUAUAUAAAGAAAGCUAACUUUUCGAGCUAUUAUUCCAUAAAAGUGACUUGUCUUUUAUAUAAAAAUGAAUACCCCAAGUAUAAUUGUUGAAAAAUAUUAUGAUGGUUUUAUAAUAUUAAAAAUACUUUAAAUCUUCAUCAAUAUGCUCAGAGCGUUAAUUUUUUUAAAAUUUCAUAUUGGUAAAGCAUUGUAUUGAAAGUUUUAUACACACAAAUUAUACAAAAUAAAAAACUCAUCAAUAUCCUAGAUAGAAAUUGGUCUUGAAGUUGUUAAUCACAUUAUCGAUGCUUGGAAGUUUUAUACGAAUUGAGUGAUGAAAAAUCGAUUUCUCAGUCUAUUGAUAAUAGAUUUGGUGAAACGUAAAUUCUUCAUUGUUAGUUUUCAAAUGAAUAAUUCAACUAAUGUUCAAAAUAAUGCUUCUGUGUAGUGAUAUUUUUAAGAAAAACAGCAUUAUUUUUAAACAUUUUAUAAGUAAAAUAUUCAAAUUUCGUGACAUGUCAAGUUUCAUCUGUAUGUGACAUCGCAAAUAUUUAUAUAUAUAUGAAGUAAGAAAUUUUUUUUAUUGAAGAUAUUAUUAUAUAUUAUUAUUAUAUAUUUUUAUUGAUAUA